AUGAAUAAAUUGCUGCGAACAUCAGGAACAUGGUCAACAGCAUUUACUUUCUUCUGCCCGUACUGUGUCCAAACUUUCGCUGCUAACUUCUUCUUCUUGGGACUACUUCGAACUGAACUAUAUUUCAAACUUAUCAAUCAAAUCAUCGAGGAGGCAGUCGAAGAAACAAGUAAGCAACAACCUCCAAAGAAUGACUCUCAAAUAGAGAAAUAUUCAGACUAUUCAGACAUCCUGGAUAAACUAUGUUGGUGUCAUAACUGGAUCUGUACUAUGAUGAAGAACCUAAAUGCAGUCUACGCCAUUCAGAUGUUAAUCUUCGUGAUAAUUGGCUUCAUGAACUCAAUGUCUCAACUAUUCUACCUCUAUGUGGCCAUUAGGGAGAGCUAUCGAAAUGAGAUCAAAGCCAAUUGGAGUAUCUACAUCUACAGCCUCCUCUAUGCCUACUUCCAGUACAUGGAUCUCUUCUUUCAUGCAAAAUCCGCAAAGUCGGCGAUGAAGGAGAGCCGGAGAACAGGAAGGCUGCUACAUAAAUUCCCAACAGUUCACGUGGAUGGACGCCUCAAGAAAUCCGUGGACAUUUUCUCCAUUCAGGUUGUCCAGAAUAAAUUGGAUAUUACGAUUUGUGGCAUGUUCCCGCUGGACUACACCCUGAUUGCCUCAAGUCUCAGCUCCAUUUUGAGUUUCCUCGUCAUUAUGAUCCAAUUCGACUUGGCAGUGUGA